AACAUUGAUCAGCAGCUUCGCUGUAGAAAAAUGUGCUAUACGAGUAAACAUCUGGUUGAAUUAAAUUAAAGAAAUCUCCUGAUAACUGAAAACCCUGUUCAAUUCCACUGGGAAUGCAGGGACGUUAUAAUGGCUGUUCCUGUGUGGGCUCUCUCUCUCCCGCUGCCUGCCAUCAUCAUGAUCUCUGUGGGACUCUAUAUGAUGGUCCUUGCGGCUGUGCUGUGGUGUCACCACUGUAUCAAGGCCAAGUGUGAUCCACGGUGUUCAGAUUGCUGUGCAGGUUUCUCUCCUUGUGAGUACUGUUUAGUGUGUGCCCAGUCAUGUGACUGUCGUCCACCCUCUCUGCGAUCCUGCCUGGACUACUCCUGUCCCUCCCCUAAUUGUGCGAUGUGGGAUUGUGCUUGUACCUGUCAACCACCAGAGUGUGACUCCAUCAACUGCUUCUGCUUUGAGAUCAAGUUUAAGUAGAAGGAAAGGUGGAGGAAAAGAGGAAGACCCACCUCACUUUAAAAGAUGCCUUAAAUUCCAACUCCAAGUGACACUUAGGUAUGUUUUAAGAUAGCCAGAGAAACUGUGAUUCAGUCUGUGGUUGUUCUGUAAUGUUUGUAUCAUUUGGGAGACAUUACAGCAUCCUUCCUAUUCACGGUCAUUGAUUUAACCAAAAUUAACCUUUAAAACAUCGGUUCUAAAAGAUUUAGAUGUGCAUUUAUUGGGAUUGGGAAUAUACAUUGUUUAGUUGAGCCAUGUAUGGACGAAGUGAGCAAGAUUAAUAAAUGCUUAAUAAAACAUAAUAUACACUGUAAACACAGUACAUACUAUUGUAGUAUAAUGGUUAUUGGACAUAUUUAAGUCAUAGUGUGAUGCCAGUUUUCCAAACUGCUGUAAUUCCUGAAAUACACAAUCACUACAGAACAAUAGAAGACUGAAGCUAAGGUUAAGGCUUUAAGCUGUGCCAUGGAUUUUUAAAGCAUGACGUUUAAUGAAUUUUUACAUUUCCUCACAAAAGGUCAUAUUUACAAACUUUUACAUUUAUUU